AUGGUGUUUGAACUCUUCCGGCCUGCCCUGCCCCCAAUGCCAAAAUCGGGCGAGCCAAGCCCAAUACAUGUCCGACUCCAUCCACACUGUGGUGCCUGUGGAUUCUUGUUUGAGCCUGGUGCCAAUAUCACCGCUUUGAAACAUCAUGAGAAUGCCCUCAUAAGGAUUGAUGCUGGGACAUUCCCGUCGCCCAAAGAUCAACGCUUCCACUGGGCAGUUGUCGAGGAUGGCUCUUCGGCAGACAAGCGUUAUCAAUUCUGCCGCCUGGGAAACUGCCCCAUCUGUGGUAUCAACAGUGAGAGCAUAACAUGCCAUUCCGAUUGCUUCAACCUUUGGAUGAAAAGCAUGGGAGAUGGCGAUGGCCCCCACAAGCUCUGGGUUGCAGCCACUUGGAGAUAUCCUUGGGCCAACUGCCCGGAGUUGCGCUUACCCUCAGAGGAUAAUGUCAUGAGUUAUAUGGACUGUGCCAAGGAAGCAUUGGAGUGGCCUGAUCUUGCGAAGCUUCCAGCUGAGCUGAAGACAUAUAUUGUCGAUCUCAGCGGCCCAACUGAGAUUGGGCGCUGCGCAUCAGUCCUUCAACUCAUGAGCGAAAUGGCCUCGGACCGACCAUUUGUCGCCACUCUUCCCCUUGACAAUAUAAUGCACUGGACUCGAGGUGGCCAGCCAACAGUAUCUCAUGCCAGUAACGGAGAAGAACUCCAACUCAUCAUUGACGCUCGAGGACUCAGGGAGAUCCGCUGGGUUACUGAGCCGAAGGAGGACCUUGCCGCCCGCUCUGAUCACAUGCUUUACAUAUCUGGACCCAUCGAGAAAUUCUGGAAGAUUCAAGUUGCUUUCCAGAAUGGUCUUGCUCGGUUGAUACCUCUCUUUGCACAGGAGUUCAAUCUUUGGGAUUCUCCUGCUGGCCUCCGCCGUGGAACAAUAAUCUCCGGGGAUGAGCCCUCGCGCCCCCCGCAUCUUAUGUACAAGCCUCCUAUAAUUCGCUUUACAACUCUCGAUCUCCGGCGAUGCGACGGCCUUACCUUUUUCAUUGUUCCCGAUGGAGUGCACGCAAUUCAUGCGCACACGCCGGAGAGCCCCAACGCCGUCGAGGCCUUUGAGCGCCUGAAACUCUACUACGAUGGUCCUGUCACUUGGUUCUAUCUUCCUCUGGCAGCGCAUGAUGAGGUUCUUUCUAUUGGCCUCCGGCUUCGGCGACUUGGCCGCGAUGGCUUGACUCCUACUUUUCUGAUUCACCUACGAUCUGGACACUACGUCAUCGGACCGCACCGUGACAGGGCAGUGUUCGAUGUGUUGCUUCAGACCCAUGGACGGCCUGUUCUAAUCUACGAACCGUGGUCAGAUAUCCAGCUUGCGCCUCAUAUCAAUCAGAUUGCAGUCUCUCCCCAGACAGGCGUCAAAGCACAAUAUCGCUUUAUCCCUCCACGAGGACCGCGUCCACUUGAUGCCAGCUGUCUCUCCUCGGCCCCAUUGGACAACGUGGAGUCAAUGGACGUGUUCCGCACCGCGGUCAACGGGCCCUGCGUAGGUUUUAUUUUCACAUAUCGCAACGGGUGGCAGAGGUCUGUUGGCCAGUGCCGUUUGGGCCUGGACAUUGUGACCACUUAUCAGAAACCAGUCAGGCUGUAUUAUGUUUUCCGUCCGCACAAUAGUAUAGAGUGGAGGAGAGGAAUAUUGGGAACGGUUUAUGUUGACAUCUCAACUGAGGAACAUCCUGAUGUUGACAGGUCUUAUCCGCUUGAUGCUGAGAGCAGGCCUACGCAUUUCUGGGCUCAUUCUGAAAUGCAGGGGGUUUUGACAUUUUGGAGUAAGGCGGAUGGCUCUUAUCUCAAGAUUGAGACGGCUGAGGAAGCUACACAUGAACAGGUGCUCGAGUUUGACCCGGGGUUUAUCGACGGGAAGCGCGAGGUGCGGGAACUAGCAGCAGAAUAUCUGGGUGGUCUCCCUUCCGAUGCGCAAGGACGAGUCCUGAAUGUCUAA